AUGGAAGGUCGCCCCUUUGAGGGCGGUAGCGUCGGUGGAAGGUGCACAGGUUGCGGCGGCAGCUGCCCAUGGGAACUUGAGGAGCAGGCCAACCUCGAGUGGGACCGCCGGUUGGCGGAAAUGCUCAGUUGGGACAUCGUGCGUCCCAGUAGCGCUUCGUUUGACUCUCGCCAUCCGCCUGCGAUCACUGCUGAGUACCUGGAACACUGUUCGUGCUUCGCCAUCUCUCUGCACACUGAACGCUGGCGGCGUCUGGUGAGCACGAUUAAGGACGCUAAUGAGGCCCGCAAGGGCAUGACUGUGGACGACUCCGUGGAGGAGUUGCUGAAGUUGGAGGUGCUGCUGUUCACCGACCACAACGUAGAAUGUCGUCGCCAGCUUGCGCGCGGCCUGCUAGUCCAGGUUUGGCGCGACCGGCGUCCCACUAAGGCUCCGUGGUACUCUAAGUUGAUGCAGCUCGUGCGCGACCUGGAUGCGUUGUGUUUUUUGCACCGUCUCCACGGGGCUCAGCGCAUGGUGAGCGUGGGCCCGAUGGUAACUCCGUACAGCUAUCUAAACAGCGUCAUCGCUAUUUUCCGGCACGAGGGGCUGGAGGGCGAGACUGUGUGGUCGCCCUAUAUCGAGGGCGAGCUGAUGUACCGUUUGUCCGGCCGCGGGUUCCUCACCAUAGCGAUAAGCGUGGACGCCCUGAAGUACACUAAGCGACUUCUGGUGCCCAAAAUGCACACCGACCGUUGUUUUAUGCGGCCCACCUGGAUCCGUAUGACCCGGCGCGCCAAACGUUUAGCUAAGGGCCUUCGUGUCACCUUGGACACUGCAUUCCAUCAGGCCCUGGUCGCGUUCGCCGGGCGCACCAGCAAUCACCUAGAGUUUUGUUUUGGUAGUCAGUUGCAAUCGUUUGCAUAUUGGCAGUGUCAAGCGGUCAUCGAUGCGAUCGUGCAGCAGCACGGCGCCAACUGGAUGUACCCAGAGGUGUGCACGGAGUUCAACCGCAUGCACUACCAGCGUCACCGUUUCGGGAGUGUGGAUACCCGGCUGCACUCAGUCGAGGUUUGGCGCGGUGACGAACUCAUCGCCGGCGAGAUCGGUUGUACGUUAAAUGCGUUGCAUCGCUAUAUCGUGUCAGUUUCCGCUGGUGCAGUGUACACGAGCCUGACUGGGUUUCACCUGCUGGAUUCUUCUGGCACGUUCCAGAUGUACGCGUUAGCCGCGAUCCUGCAUUUCUCAGACGUCGAACUGUGGGACCUCGGCAUGGAAAUCCCCUACAAAUGCAGUCUGGGCGGCACGACUAUGCCGCGCAUAAAAUUCAUCGAGGAAUUCCACCGGUUGAAGCAAAUCGUAGGUUUUUCGUUGUUGGUUGACACGCCGCAGGAGCGCCACGUGCAUUUGCCGAGUCGCUUCCGGGAGAACGAAAAUUGCGUUUCCCUUCUAGAAGAGUUUGAAGCUGCACAACAGCGUGUUGGUAUGGAAGGCAGUGCCCCAGCCUAA